GCAGAACCUCAGUAGCCGCUCGGCCUCCGUCGAGUCCGGUCGUUAGAUGGGGGAGCUCCAAUACCCUGGCGCCCCUAGUGUGGCCGACGACGAACGGCAAUACAGAGCCCCUUUCCGUAGGGCUCCGCAGUAUAGGUGGCCGGCGCCACAGCAGCCGCAGCCCUCGGCAUUUGCCCCAUGGAGGAGAGCCCCGGCACCGCCGCGGCCGCCAGACUACCGUCGCACGCACUCCUACCCUGGCAAGCCGGAGGAACACUACCAGGAACGUUCAGGCCUAGACAACAUGCGGUCCCUCGAGCACUACCUCACAGAUAUCAUGCGAGCGGACACGUCGGACCACAUGAAAGGCAAGUCCCCAUUCUUCCCGGGCGUGGAGGAGGCGGCGGUGGCGGCGGCGGGCGCGGGCUCGCCCCCCGGCCCCGACCAGACGCAGGACGUGGUCAACAGGCUGAGUGCUGCAGGUCUGUCGCUGUGCGUGUCAGCGCUGGGGUCGCCGGCGCGCUCGUCCCCGGUGUCUGCUGGCUCCGAGCACGGCGAACGCUUCAGCCGGAAGGUGUUUGUUGGCGGGCUGCCACCGGACAUUGAUGAGGACGAGAUUACGUCCUCGUUCCGGCGGUUCGGGCCGCUGGUGGUGGACUGGCCCCAUAAAGCUGAGAGCAAGAGUUAUUUUCCGCCCAAGGGUUACGCGUUUUUACUGUUUCAAGACGAGAGUUCAGUAGCCGCGCUCAUGGAGGCGUGCAUCACGGACGACGACAAGCUCUACCUCUGCGUGUCGUCACCGACCAUCCGCGACAAGCCGGUGCAGAUCCGGCCGUGGCGGCUGGCUGAUGCAGACUUUGUGCUAGACGCUAGCAUGCCUCUGGACCCGCGCAAGACUGUGUUUGUGGGCGGCGUACCACGUCCGCUGAAAGCUGUGGAGCUGGCGAUGAUAAUGGACCGGCUGUACGGCGGCGUGUGCUACGCCGGCAUCGACACCGACCCCGAGCUCAAGUACCCUAAAGGCGCGGGGCGGGUGGCGUUCUCGAACCAGCAGUCGUACAUCGCGGCCAUCUCGGCGCGCUUCGUGCAGUUGCAGCACGGCGACAUCGACAAGCGGGUCGAGGUGAAGCCGUACGUCCUCGACGACCAGAUGUGCGACGAGUGCGCGGGCGCGCGCUGCGGCUCCAAGUUCGCGCCCUUCUUCUGCGCCAACGUGACCUGCCUACAGUAUUACUGCGAGCACUGCUGGGCGACGAUCCACUCGCGUCCGGGGCGCGAGUUCCACAAGCCGCUGGUGAAGGAGGGCGCCGACCGCCCGCGCGCCGUGCCGUUCCGCUGGUGCUAGACGUGACGGAAGCGUGUCGGAAGCGCGUCGGAAGCGUGUCGGAUGCGUGUCGGAUGCGUGUCGGAUGCGUGUCGGAUACGUGUCGGAAGCGCGUCGGAUGCGUGUCGGAAGCGUGUCGGAUGCGUGUCGGAUACGUUACGGAUGAAGAGUGGCAGAGUUGAUGCGUGGUGAGAUUCUGUAUCGUCGUGUUACUGUAGCGAGAAUUGUCGUCGUACGUCUAGAUUAAUUACUAUCGGAGUGGUUUUGUGUAUAAGCUACUCCUUUCGCAAAUGACUGUUUUUGAAGCAGUAACGUGUGAUUUGACCUUUAGUAACGAUGCAGCAACUUUGUCACUUUGUAAAGCGUUACGUUGCGAUUCCGUUGCGCCUCUAAGUUAUUGUUUUAUUUUAUGUCUUAAAGUAAUUGGAUAGAUGGAGAUGUUUACGACAUGUGUAGAAACCUUCACCUGUCUACAGUUGCGAGCUGAAGUCCUGGCAACACUGCCGUUGCGGUAACGUUGUAGCAACGUAUCGUAUGUUACCGUUACUGAUGCUGCGGUACCAUAAAAUUUUGUUGCAGUAACGUAAUAUUACGGAUGCAAUAACGAAACUUUACCGUUGCCAUUGCAAU